GUCUUUGAUAACUCGCAACGCUCAGGCUGAUCUAUGGUACCAGUUAAAAAUCGGCACUAUGGCAGAAUCCGUGGAUCUAAAAAAGCUGAAGAUUCCUGAGCUGAAAAAGGAGCUUACCUCUCGAGGGUUGGCAGUCAAGGGAAACAAACAGGAGCUUGUGGACAGACUCGCUCAGUAUCUUGAAGAGAAUGAAGAUGAUGAUUUUGGCAAAAGUGACAUACCGGGGGAAGAAUCCGUGACAGAAAUCCGAGAUGAAGCCAUUCUUGAUAAUGGUACGGAGCCAUCAGAUGCAAUAUUAACGCCUGAAGCGGAAGAAGAAGGCGAUGGCGAUCUUUUAGCUGCAGAGGAUGAGCCAGACCUUCUAGAUGAUGAUGAGGAGGAACCAGCAAUACCAACCAAAGUAAAUGUCAUUACACCGGUGGUGUUGACGCAACCGGUAACGUCCCCAGCUAAAGACAAACCAAGUUCACCCACUGGAGUUGCAGAGAAGGUUGCCGUUAUGCCACCUGCGGCAAGUGCUGCACUUACCCCUGCUGAGAGAAAAGCCUUGAGAGCAGAAAGAUUUAACACACCACUCUCGGAAGCAGCAAAGAAACAAGCAAGAUUAGAGAAAUUUGGUGGUAAAGCAGCAGCUGUACCCACGUCCCCAACCCAGCCCAAGACACAAGCUAAAGCAACUCCAGUGACUGCUGAAGCGUUAGACAAGUUGAAGAAGAGAUCAGAACGGUUUGGUGUUGCAGUGUCACAAGUUGUAAAACAGACAGAGGAAGUGGACAGAUUGCUGAAGAGGAAGCAACGAUUUGGCGUGAUCACCAAUACGACGGCUACAGAGGGAGGCGUCAAAAGAUUAUCAACAGAGGGCAGCACAGAUGACGCUGAGGCAAAGAAGAAGAAGCGAGCAGAGAGAUUUGGAUUGUAAGAUUGAUCACCGUGGCAAUGCCUUUGUGUCGCUCAGUCUGGGAUCAAAG